GCUGGAACCGGCCAAACAGGAAACGCGCGCCCCGCAGUCCCUCCGGGCAGCAGCGCUGGCGCCUCUUCCGCUACCGCCGCUGGCGCGCCGACCGAGGGGGCGCCGCGGGCCUCCCUACCCAAUCGGCCGGAACCGAGGCCAAGGUGCACGGAGGUGGCCUCUUCUCCACACGCAGUUGUCGGCUCCGAGGUCCUCGCUGGGCUGUCGGACGCUCAGGUCGGUUCUGGGCGAGCAACCGCCGCCGCCGCCGCCGCCACCCUCCGCCCUCCCUACCAGUAGGCUGAUUCGGUAGUAGCAUCCGGCAGGGAAAUGGUCGUGCUUUCGGUGCCCGCCGAAGUCACUGCGAUCCUGUUAGAUAUCGAAGGUACCACAACCCCGAUUGCUUUCGUGAAGGACAUUUUAUUUCCAUACAUCAAAGAAAAUGUUAAAGAGUAUCUGCAGACACAUUGGGAAGAAGAGGAGUGCCAGCAGGACGUCAGUCUUUUGAGGAAACAGGCUGAAGAGGAUAUCCAUCUGGAUGGGGCUGUUCCAAUCCCUGCAGUAUCUGGAAAUGGGGUGGAUGACCUGCAACAGAUGAUCCAAGCUGUGGUAGAUAAUGUGUGCUGGCAGAUGUCUCUGGACCGAAAGACCACGGCAUUGAAGCAACUGCAGGGCCACAUGUGGAAGGCGGCAUUCACAGCAGGGCGCAUGAAAGCAGAGUUCUUUGAAGAUGUAGUUCCAGCAGUCAAGAAAUGGAGAGAGGCUGGAAUGAAGGUCUAUAUCUAUUCUUCAGGGAGUGUAGAGGCACAGAAACUACUAUUUGGGCACUCUACAGAGGGAGAUAUUCUUGAACUUGUCGAUGGUCACUUUGAUACCAAGAUCGGACACAAAGUGGAGAGUGAGAGUUACCGAAAGAUCGCAGACAGCAUUGGAUGCUCAACCAACAACAUCCUGUUUCUGACAGACGUUACUCUAGAGGCCAGUGCUGCCGAGGAAGCAGAUGUGCAUGUAGCUGUAGUGGUGAGACCUGGCAACGCAGGAUUAACAGAUGAUGAAAAGACUUACUACAGCCUCAUCACAUCCUUCAACGAACUGUACCUGCCUUCUUAAACCUAGAGAAGGAUUUCUCACUGCUCAUGCUGUUCCUCAGAGUUCUCUUUAUAGUCUAGUUUUAUUCUAAUGGUAAAAGAAACUUAAAAACUAAAAAAACACAUAUAUAUGCACACACAUAUAUGCAAGUGUAUGUAUGCGUAUGCUCAAAUUACCUUAGGCACAUAAGUGAAAAAAAAAAAGAACCUCAGUUCAGUGAAAUGGAAGCUUAUUUAAAAAUGUAUUAUAUGUAGAAAUUGUUUGAAACCACAACUCUAACCCUUAUUAAGGGCAAAGUGUAGUUGAUAGAAGAAAUUACUAAACUGUAGAUCAAAAUAUAGAUCAAAUGUGUUAGGUUUAUUAGGUCAUAUACCAAAAUGGAAAGCUAAUUUUGAGAAUUUAUUCAAAAGCCUCGUUAUUUUAAAAAAUCAAAGAAUUAUUCAUAAAAAUUAUUCAUAAUUUUCAAAGAAUUAUUUCAAAGAAUUAUUCAUAAAAAUGAUUCGUUGUUCCAUUUAAUUGUUAGUUUAGCUGUUAGAAGAUUACAACAGCUGUAUUUCACAAUAUUUGCCUCUCUGUGUUCACAAGACAAAGUUAUUUGUUUCUGCUCCAAAAGACAGCAAAAUUGGAAACAAAACUCACUUUAAUCUUGAUCAAUUAUCUGUUACUUAAGAGAAACUUAUCGACACCCACAGCAAGCAAUUGCCUUACCAGUGAAAAAGGUGCAUUGAUAUAACAGCUAAAAGAGAUUAACAUUUGUUAAUGUUUAACAAAACAGCCCUAAUCCUGCCAGUUGUUAUCAUUAGAGAUUUUAUAGUUGUCUUUCUAACUACUUAGUACAGUUUGAAGAUACAUGUUAAUUGCUGUUUACUUUUUUAAAAAGACCAAAAUGGUUUUACUGAAAUCAGUCCUUAAGGUCAGUAAGAGUUGUAACAUGUAAUCUUUUCCUCUGAAAAGGAUAAGAGAAAUAUAAAUUCUUAGCAGCAUUAUUUAUCCUUGUUCUAUUCUAAUAGGAUGUCAUGUCAGUUUCAUGUUGUGAUUAAUAAAAACAUUUUCUUCUUCA